AUGUCAAAAAAACAGAAGCUCGAGCAGCUUCCCAAGUUCAGCUCUAAGUUCUAUCCAAAGGAAUUGCCCACAGCGGUGGCAGCUACCAAGUAUGCGAAGGAUGAGAACAAACCAUACAACAUUCUCCUCAACAAGGUAGAAUCCACGGAAAAAGAAAGGUCCAAAAUCAAACCGGCCAAUUGCAUUGCCCACUGGUUUGUCAGAGACUUCCGCACUUUCGACAACAAGGGCUUGUCUGAGGCAAGCAAGUUGGCUGCAAAAAACAAGUUGCCCUUGGUAUGUUUCUGGGUCAAUUGCAAGGAGAUGACCAAGGCACACGGGAAGUCAAAGUUCCAGAUGCACUAUCGUGUGUUGAGCAUGCAAAAACUACACAAGAAGUUGGCGGACUUGAAUAUUGCGUUUGUCACGAUCAAUGCUGAAACCAGGGCGAAGAUCAUUCCCUCAAUUCUCGAGUUCCUACAGAAGCACAAGGUCUCUCACCUUUUCGUGAACCAAGAGUACGAAGUGGACGAGUUACGACUUCUGACUAAGUUGAUCGAUAAGGCCUUGGAGAAAGGCAUCAACUUCCAGGUUUGCCACGAUACGUGUGUCGUGCAGCCAGGUGAAUUGGUCACCAAGUCCUCAGGUAAACAAUUUGCCGUCUUCUCGCCAUGGUACAGAGCGUGGGUAGAUUACGUCAAUGCCCAUUAUAUCGACAAGGGCAAGAUUAUCGUCGAUAGUCCUGUAAAGCAAGAGGUUGGCAAAGAAGACUUAAUCAAGCAGGGCCACGGGCUUCCUACUAUCAAGGUGGAUGAGAAGAGAUUCAAUAAAUACUGGAAGGACAUUGGCGAAGAUGAUGCGUACGCCGCUUUGGAAAAAUGGACAGAAUCAGAUGCCAUCAAGAAAUACGGCGACACAAGAAACUCCCUUGAGGGCGGUGCCUCCAACCUUGGUGUUCACAUUUCUUCGGGCACACUUUCCCCUAGGACAAUUCUUUGGAUGUUGCAUGAGAAGGAGUUAUUGACAGAGGCAAACGAAACUGCCGCUCCAGGAAUCACAGAGUACCUCAGACAGGUCUCGUGGAGAGAUUUUUACAAGCACAUUUUGUGCUUCUGGCCGCAUGUUUCCAUGUUCAAGCCCUUCCACUUGGAAUAUUCCGACUUGCCUUGGGAAUACAACAAGGAUCACUUUUUGAAGUGGCAGGAAGGCAACACAGGCUACCCUAUUGUGGAUGCUAGUAUGAGAGCGUUAAAGGAAACAGGACACUUGAACAAUAGGGGCCGUUUGAUUGUCGCCAGUUUUCUCACCAAGCACUUGCUUAUCGACUGGAGGUAUGGAGAGCAGUAUUUCAUGUCUCAGUUGAUCGACGGGGAUUUCGCUUCAAACAACGGUGGGUGGGGUUUUUCUGCUUCUACUGGUGUCGACCCCCAGCCAUACUUCCGUGUGUUUAAUCCUGCGAGUCAGUCGGAGCGGUUUGACCCCAAGGGAGCCUUUAUUAAGAAGUGGUGUCCUGAGCUCAAGGAUAUCGAGUCGAAGUUGAUCCAUGCUCCUUUUGACCACGCUAAACUGGCCCAACUUGCAAAGCAGAACAAGUAUCCCGAGCCAAUCGUCGACUAUAAGAUGGGCAGACAGCGGGCGCUAGACGUUUUCAAGGAAACCAUGCAAAAUGGAAAAGAGAAGCUCGAAGAAGAAGUUGACGACGCCGACGAUGGAGAGUAA